UGUCAAUUGAGUAUGUAUAUAAACCACGCCGACUUAUAAUUUGUCGCAGAGGGACUGUGCGAGUUCCCGAAACAAGUAACAUGAACAGUCUGGGAUUUUGGCUUUUCUUAGUGGCAAGCUUACCUCAAGCUUUAACAGCCAAUGUAAGAUUAGUGGGAGGUUCAGGACCACACGAAGGAAGGGUUGAACUAUUUUAUAAUCGACAGUGGGGAACAGUUUGUGAUGAUGGUUGGGACUCCACUGAUGCAUCAGUGGUCUGUAGAGAGCUUGGAUUUCCCUCGGGAGGUGCCAUUGCUAGAGGAAAUGCGUAUUUUGGACAAGGAACUGGGAGUAUUUUACUUGGUAAUGUUCGAUGUAGAGGAAGUGAAUUAUCUUUAAAAUAUUGUAAUCAUACUGCCUUUGCCUGUGUACAUAGAGAAGAUGCGUCAGUUACUUGUAGCAGACGUCUACGUUUAGUAGGUGGUUUUGGUGCACAUGAAGGAAGGGUUGAAAUACUUUAUAACAAUCAAUGGGGAACAGUUUGUGAUGAUCAUUGGGACAAUAAAGACGCGUUGGUUGUUUGUAGAGAGCUUGGAUUUCCCUCGUUAAGUGCUAUUGCAAGGAGUAGUGCACAUUUUGGACAAGGAACUGGAAAUAUUCAUCUAGAUAAUGUUAACUGUACUGGAAGCGAAUUAUCAAUACGAUAUUGUAACCAUGCUGGAUGGAGCACUCAUAACUGUGGACAUAAUGAAGAUGCGUCUGUUACUUGUAGCCGUGUACGUCUAGUUAACGGCUUUGGACCAUUCGAGGGUAGAGUUGAAAUAUAUUACAAUAAUCGGUGGGGAACUGUUUGUGAUGAUAAUUGGGACAACAAAGACGCGUCAGUGAUUUGUCGAGAGGUUGGAUGGUCUUCGACAGGCGCCAUUGCUAGAGGAAGUGCAUAUUUUGGACGAGGAACUGGAAAUAUUUUACUUGAUGAUGUUAACUGUGCUGGAAGCGAAUCAUCUAUACGAUAUUGUAAUCAUGAUGGAUGGAACAUACAUAACUGUGGGCACAGUGAAGAUGCAUCUGUUACUUGUAGCCAUGUACGAUUAGUAGGAGGCUCAGGGCCAUAUGAAGGAAGAGUGGAGGUAUAUUAUAACCGACGAUGGGGAACAGUUUGUGAUGAUAGUUGGGACAAUAAAGAUGCAUCAGUUGUUUGUAGAGAGCUUGGAUUUCCCUCGGGAGGUGCCAUUGCUAGAGGAAGUGCUAACUUUGGACAAGGAACUGGAAAUAUUCAUCUUGAUGAUGUUAAAUGUAGUGGAAGAGAAUCAUCUUUAAGAUAUUGUAAUCAUACAGGAUGGAAUAGACAUAACUGUGGACAUUAUGAAGAUGCGUCAGUUAUUUGUAGCAUUUCUAGAAUAGAAGGUGGUAUUGGACCAAAUGAAGGGAGAGUUGAAGUAUUUUAUAACGGCGAGUGGGGAACAGUUUGUGACGACUACUGGGACAACAACGAUGCCACAGUUCUUUGUAGAGAAGCUGGGUAUCCUUUGGGUGGUCGUAUUGCUAACGGUGCUGCCGAUUUCCCACGGGGAACAGGAAAUAUUCAUCUAGAUGAUCUUAACUGUAAUGGAAGAGAAUCAUCUAUAAGGUAUUGCAAUCACCGUGGAUGGAACGUGCAUAACUGUUUCCACACAGAAGAUGCAUUCGUUAUAUGUAACAAUACAUACGCAAUAAGAUUGGUAAACGGUUCAGGACCACAUGAAGGAAGAGUUGAAAUGUAUUACAACAGAAAGUGGGGAACAGUUUGUGAUGAUAGUUGGGGAUCAUUAGAUGCAUCGGUUGUUUGUAGACAGCUUGGAUUUUCAUCGUUAGGUGCUAUUGCUAGAGGAAAUGCAUAUUUUGGGCAAGGAACAGGGAACAUUUUACUUGAUGAUGUUAACUGUAAUGGAAGAGAAUCAGCUAUACGAUAUUGUAAUCAUGCUGGAUUGAACACACAUAACUGUGGACAUUAUGAAGAUGCGUCUGUUACUUGCCAGGUUGCAUAUUCAGUACGAUUAGUCGGAGGCUCUGGUCCACAUGAAGGAAGAGUUGAAGUAUUUUACGACAACGCGUGGGGAACAGUGUGUGAUGAUAGUUGGGACUACAAAGAUGCUUCGGUCGUUUGUAGAGAAGUUGGAUUUCCGGGAAGUUCUGUGGCUAGACCUUCUGCUUAUUUUGGACGGGGAAAUGGAAAUAUUUUACUUGAUUAUGUUGACUGUAAUGGACGAGAAUCAUCUUUAAAAGCUUGUAAGCACAAUGGAUGGGGCAAGCAUAACUGUAAUCCUAAUGAAGACGCAUCAGUAACAUGCAGCUUUUCAUACUCAAUAAGAUUAGUAAAUGGUUCAGGACCACAUGAAGGAAGACUUGAAGUACUUUAUAAUAAUCGUUGGGGAACAGUUUGUGAUGAUGGUUGGGACUCCACUGAUGCGUCAGUGGUCUGUAGAGAGCUUGGAUUUUCUUCGAGAGGUGCUAUUGGAAGACAAUAUGCACAUUUUGGACAAGGCGCUGGGAGUAUCAUUCUUGAUGACGUUAACUGUAAUGGAAGUGAGUCAUCUUUAAAGUCUUGUAAUCACCGCGAAUGGACCGAGCAUAACUGUGGACACAGAGAAGAUGCAUCAGUUACCUGUGGAUUUACAUACGCAAUACGAUUAGUUGGAGGUUCGGGACCACAUGAAGGAAGGGUUGAAGUAUAUUAUCAUAAUCGGUGGGGAACAGUUUGUAGUAAUAGUUGGAGCUCCAAUGAUGCGUCAGUUGUUUGUAGAGAACUUGGAUUUUCUUCGGUAGGUGCCAUUGCCAGAACCGGUGCUUAUUUUGGACAAGGAACUGGGAGCAUUUUACUCGAUUACGUUAGAUGUACUGGGAGAGAAUCAUCUUUGAAAUAUUGUAAUCAUAAUGGAUGGAUCAGGAAUAGCUGUGGACAUAGUACUGACGCAUCGGUUACUUGUCGACGACGCGUUCACCAAGUGGACCCGAUUGUGAACGUGACGUUAGAAACCGUGGAAGAAAGUAGAAGGAAGAUGUACAGAUUUUACUGUGACUUUACGGGACGAAGAGAUGAUUUGAUUUAUAGCGCUGCAUGGUUUGUCAAUAAUUACCUGGUAUAUACUAGCUCUGCAGUUGGUGGUGGCACGAACCUGACUAGUUUCAGACAUAGCCUUAGUUUAACAGACGAUCAACUGAAUAGAACAGUGGGCUACGAUAUCCGCUGUCAGGUACUAGCCUCAGAUAGUUUAACAACAACUAGAUCCAACAGUUCUUCACGUUUCAUAGGCAUUAAGAUAUUGACACCAGUAAUUCGAGUCAGGGAAGGAGAACAUGGUGUAAUAAGAAUAAAAGCGGAUGCUGAAGUAGGAUGCUAUAAUAUUGCGCUGGGUUGUAGAUAUGUCGUAUCAACAUUAAUACCGGAUAGUGGACCUUGUGAUGCGACGGCUACAGUUAACAACUAUUGUGGUGUCAACAUUCUAGAAAAUAUUGCCAGUGGAUGGGAUCAAGAAUAUGAAAUCAAUAUAACAGCUGGUAUCAGUAACCAAUAUGGACAAUCAUCAAGAGAGUUUGAACUAACUUUGGGGAAUUUUGGAUCACACUAUGACCAUUGGACAUGGGCGAAAUAUACCAUUUUCCCCCGCGUUCAGGUUAUUGUUGAGAAAGAUACAACCAGUACUCAGUCAUUGGUAUGUUCAGCAACUAGUGAUCCGAGGCUUGUGACUUUUAAAGGCCUGAGAAUUAACAUUCAGAGUAUUGGAACAUUUUCACUGUAUAAAGACAGAGAACAUGAUAUUGAGGUUCAAAUUCAAACCAUUCUAUGUAGCGGUCUUAUUGGACAUUGUAAUUGUGGAAUGGUGGCAAGGAUUGGCGGAACAGCUUAUAUGAUAAGUGCUUGUAACUCCAACCACUGGAUAAUAGAAUAUGUUUUGUGUGAUACUGCUGUAGAUAUUUUGAGAGUACAGCAUACACAAUCGAAUAUUUAUGAGCUUACUUUGCCUACUGGUGCAACAGUGAGAGCUGAAUUAAUAAACGCAAAUCCCAAAUAUGUUGACGUCUCGGUCACUCCUUCUGUAUUAGAUACAAAUAGGUCACGUGGUUUAUGUGGCCGAAUAUCUUCAAACAUAACUGAACAACUUGUUCUUAGAAAUGGCAGUACAAGCUCCGAUAGAAUAAACUACAAUCCGAAUAGAGGAUUUCAAUCAGCUUCAGAAUUUGUCAACUCGUGGGGGGUUCAAAGAAAUCAAAAUUUGUUCGACCAAGCGGUUCUGGAUGUCCUGGUACCGAAUACAGCAGUAACUAUAACAUGUCGUUGUAAUAAAGCAACGUCUAAUGAUGUUUCAAGUACCUUGUCAUGUGAUGCAGACAGUCCAGUUAAAAUAUGUAAAAGUAACCCAAAUUAUCACCCCUUUUCAAAAAGAACGUGUUCCAGUCGCUCACCUUCCCGUAGAAGACGAAGAUCUGUUCCAGCUGUCCUUCACAUUGAUGAGGCACCUAGGCGAAUCAAAAGGCAAGCAGUCUGGACGGGAAAUUGGACAGAAGAAACGGCGACUGUGUUUUGCACCAGGUUAUUAACUGCCACUCCUAUAAUUGAAUUUUGCAAGAGGGAAGUUAAAACUGUGGAUAUAGACCUUGCUCUAGAAACCUGUAUAGCAGACAUUAAACUUACCGGUACAACAAUCUUCGCAAAGUCUCCAGUCUCCAGUGCACAGCUCCAAUGCGUAGGAGAAGCGUACUUGGACCCCAUGUUACAAGUGGAAGAAGCAAAUAAAACAUCAGUCCUGAGACAAGUUGUAACACUGGACUGUCCGAACAAUUGUUCAGAACAAGGAACCUGUAAUAAUGGAACGUGUGUGUGUUACAGUAACUAUAUCGGUAGCGGGUGUGAAUUUGAUCUUCGUGAUGAGCCAUUGGCUGAAGAAUUGGAUUUUGAAGGGCUUUGUGAUAUAAGAACUGAAGAAUGUGAUGAUAUUGGUGUUAUUGGCGGUUCUUUUAUACAAACAACAGACUCAACAUGUCGAAUUACCCCUUACCAACUAGCAGCAAAUGGAACUACAACCUCUACUUUGGAACCAGUUGUCAACGAUGCAUCGAUCGAAAGCGUGGGGAAAGUUAUUUGUGAAUUACCAUAUUAUACUAGUUAUAGACAGAGGAGAUCUGCUGGACAUAUUCCUCAGACACCAUCCAUCCAAGACACGUUUACAGCUUAUACUAUUUCAGUAUCCAAUGAUGGUCAACAUUACAGCAAUGCUCUAUCAGUUGUGUAUUUUGACUCCAGAUGUAUGGACUGUGACGUUGACGGGGUUGUCAUUAAUUGUCAGUUUUCGCAAAACCACUGCGUGUACCAAAACCGAUGCUACAACAAUUCGGAAAAUUAUCCCUUGAAUGAACAAUAUAUCUGUAGAGCUGAUAGUAAUGGCAAUAGAUGGGAGAUUGAUCCCAGUAAAGCUACCGACCCAUGUUACAUUUAUCAGCCAUUUACCAAUUCUUCUGCAAGACUAACCAGUUACCAGUUGGACCAAACGGUUAUAAACGACCGCUAUCUAUCAGAGGGUUGGUAUGGAGAACCUGGAAAAGUCAUUGCAAAUGUCACAGCUCCUCCACAAGGCCGUUGCGGAACUGUAUACCCUAUAUAUCUUCAGACUGCACCCACUAAAGUGUUGAAUGUGAAUCAAUCUAUCACAGCUUGUGUAAGAAGAUAUUCUGCUCUAUGUAUAGAGUCCAUUGCCAUCAAGGUCAAAUACUGUAGAAACGAUUUCUUUGUAUAUAAGUUGAAUAGUUCACCUUUGGAGUCAUCUGGAUAUUGUCUAGAGUAACCGACAAAGGCAACGUUACCUACUACAAGAACAAACAAGAGAAUGCAUGCUAUGAACUGAUGAUCCCUUUUAUAUUUUCAUUUUUCAUUUUAAGUUCAUAUUAUAGCCAAUUAUAGCAAAAUUCUAUUUUGUGUAUGAUGCUUGUCUGCUAGAUAUUUUUACAAUGUGGUUUAUAGGAAUUUUUAGUCUAACAAAAAUGUCUAAGAUAUAUUAAGAUAACGCUUUCUUUGUAUCCUUAAUUACGCAUAAUAAUGUGUAGGUUAUAAUAUAAUUUGGCAUGGGUUUAUUAAUUCCUUAUAAAAAUAUUUUCUAGUAUUUGUUAUUUUGAUCUUUAAAUUUCUUAUUAACUGAUUGAUUAUUAUUUGCUAUUUUCCAUUACAAAAAGGUGUCGUAGUAUUUGCUAUAUGUUAUUUUCCACUUCAUAUUACUUAUAAAAUAAUUAGUUAGUAGAUGUUAUUUUUAAGUUAACAUUACUAGUACAUGUUUUUAUUAUUUUUGCAUUCAUUCCCUGUGAACUAGCUUUCUUUUAAAAUGCAUUUUUAGGGGUUUGGAUGUUGUUGGGUUUUUUUUGGGUUUUUUUUUUC